CACAAUUUCUGUGUCACUUAAUAUUUGUGCUAUUUUUAGUUAGAAGUAAACAUGAACAGAACUGAUAAAGAACCAGGAACAAGUGUGCCCCAGUCUCCUAGAUUUUUUAGAAGAAAAUUUGUUUCGCAAGUGAGUAAUGAGUCUCCCAACACCUCUCAAGGUAAAGUGGUUCUGGGUGAGGUUGAACAAAAAUUAAAAUCGAUGAGGCAAAAGAGACUAGACAGGCUCAGCACCUUUGUUGUAGAACAAAGUAAACUUUCCGAGGAGAGGGAAAAGAAAAAUAAAGAAGGAAAUGAGAUAGAAGACGCGAUAAUGUCCAUGAAACAAACAAAAGAAGAAAAGAAAACUACCUUCAAGUCCAUUGUCGAAGACCACGUGACAGAAGUAAAGCAAAUUGUUGUAAGUGAAGAAAUAGGAUCAAAAGAUAAGGUCAGUGUUCCAAGAACUCCAAAAUUGUCCAGAAAGAACAGUAACGAGUCUGUAGAUAAGUCCAAGCAAUCUUCUACAAAAAAGUUCAUAAACAAAUUCAAUUGUACAACUACACAGUCUGUAGGAUCGUCUACUGAAGAUUUAACUGGUGACUAUGAAGGAAUAAGAUCAAAUUCUGUUACAGUUAGACAAAACAGUAAACCACAAGUGUUAAAAAGAACUUCCCUUGAGGAAGAUAAAAGUAAAGCAGAGAACAAAUCAAAUAGUAAUGAAAACAUUCACAACAACAAUCCUCUUCUUAGUCCAGUCGGAAAGCAGAGAAAAGGUAUUUAUUUAUAUGAGAGGGAAUGCAAAUUUUUGGAAAACGAAAAAUCACAAACUGUAUUUACCUUUAUAAAAAGAGAGAAUAUCAGUCAACAAGAAGUGGUGAAGAAAUCUACUGAACCAGUAAGUCAUCCCGCUGGGGAAAUCUCUGUGAGAAAAUCUUCCGAAUUGGGAAAGACCUCAUUUGAUCCGAAUACUAAUGCACAGGCUCCUAAAACAAUGAUUAUGGAGGUCAAAACAAGGAACAGUUGUGAAAACAGAAGCACAGUUGCCAGUGACGAUAAACCACCAUUGUUGAUGAAAACGUUUAAACGUAAUAGUUUAGGUGACGUUUUGGAUGGCAAACUUGUACAUAAAGUCGAUUUGAAUCCAGUUUCAGUUGCAGAGUCACCUGGUAUUGAUAAAAACUACCAUUAUAUCAAAAAGGACAAGGAAGUAACGAACCAGCAAGGUUAUGCAAAGAUAUCUAAGUAUUCGAAUCUUACUAAUUAUAAAAACCUAGAACUACAGUUCCAACAAAACAAAAAAGAAAGUGUUCCAAAUAAAAAAGGCAAGGAUGUUUACCCAGUUCCCCCAAAAAGUCCAAUGCCCUUGCCAAGGAGGACUACAAACGAGGAGAGAAUUUUAAAAAAGUUUCAGAGGAAUUGGGAUAGCUUGAACGAAAUUAUCGAAAAUGAUUCAGACGUAGAUUCUGACGAAAUAGAAGAUUUGAAGAAGACCUUCGAGGAAGUCAACACACUUUUAGUCGAAUAUUGCACCAAAUUAAAUAAGGUAGAACGAAAAAUUAAAGUGGAGGAUGACCAUUGCCAAAAAUUGAAUGUUAUGAAGGAAGAACUGGAAAAAAUUGAAGAAGAAAUUCCCAAAUUCAGGGGACUCAAAAGAGAUUUAAGCUACCGGGAGAUUAACGGUAAACUAUCAAAUUCUUUGACAGAAAUCAACAAAAUCAAAAGCAGCAAAGCUGAUGUCCACAGUGAGAAACAGUUGGUACUGAAGCAAGCCGAAAACUUAUUAAAAAUUUUAGAAUGUAGGGUUGAGAGGAAUGAAAACAUCCUGUUUGAGGUGCUGGAUUCGCAAGUUUCAAGUAUUAGCACAAAUAUUUUCAACAUCACCAGAGUUUAAGGUGGGACAAUGGGAUGUGUAUUUUGCAAGGCGAACCAAUCGGCUGCAGACGUAGUCCUAGUCUUCGGCAACACCAACGGCAUCGUCAUCAAGGACUUCCGAAAAAAGGGGAAGACGAUCAAGCAGAUAGUCUUCGUCCUGCCCGAGAUAGUAGUUACUAACGAAAACAACGAGCAGACUAUUGUCUACAAACCUGACAGCCAUCAUGGACCUAAAGUAGAAGCUGCAAAGAUUCCUCUUUAACGAACAUGUAAUGUAAAAAAUAUAAAAAAAUUGUGAUACGACUGGGAUCUUUGGAGCUGUUUAAUGUGAUAUUAUUUAGUGUUAAGUAGGUAGCAAAUGUAAUUUUUAUAAAAUUAUGUAUAUAGUUUAGUGUUAAGUGAUUUUUUAAACGUGAAAAAGUAAGGAAUUGUUAGAACCAGGUAGGGUUUCACGGAAUUUGUUUAACGGACCACUAUUUUUAUACCUGCCAGAGUGAUUCUUAAUUUUAUUGCUUUAGAAAGACUUAUAAUAUGUAAAUAUAAUUUGUUUAUUUGUUUUUA